GUUGAUGGGUUGCCAGCAGUGUCCGAUGUGCGCCACCUGCACAGCCUCGUCAGUGGAUUUGGCACCAUUAUUGACCACCAGGUCCGCUUGGAGAAUGGAGCCACUGCCAUCAGGUUCAAAUUGUGUAGUGCAGAGUCAUGUGAGUUUUGUGUGCAGUGUCUUGAUGGUUCGGACUGCAUUCUUCCAGAUAGCAACUCGCGAAUCAGCUGCCGUCACCUCACAGUCUAGGCCGGGAAAAUUUCUUGUCAACAGCUCUGUUAAGAUGAUGAAUAAUAUCCUGGAUUCUAAUUACACAUGUGUAACUAAAUGUGAAAUUAUAGUUAAAAGAUGAACAAAUACAUAUAGUUGGUCAUACGUAUAUGCAUCACUUGCUCCCCUGCUGUACAUACAGCUAAACACCAAAACCAGUUCAAUUAGCUAUACCAUAUAUGUUGUUUGUACAAGGUGUAUUGUUUGUAUCAUGAAUAUGAUCCUUAUACUGUAGCCCAAAGUAGUCCCCAUAAGACUUGCGCAUGUGUCAUUAGCAACCUGAUGUGUAUUAGGUUUAGACAUGUACAUGAAGCAGCAAUUAGCAAUGAUCUCAGGGAGCUGAUCUCAACAAUUACUUCUAGAUAUGCUACUAUUUCAUUCAUUUUAUAAUUUAUGGAUACAUGUAUACUGUUAAUACACAUUAGCAACUGUUUAUUAUACUCAUUAGAAAUACUGUAGAGCAUAAAUUGUGAUCAUAAAACAAAGAAAAUAUUAUUUAUAAUAUGGCCUUCUUUUAAAAUGUUGGUAUUUAGAUUUCCUAUAUUUUAACACUUGGUGGCUACCAUGUACCGAGCACUUUUCAUUUCAUUAAAUCAGGAACAUUAUAAUUUGUAAAUAGUUUAUGCUCAUGAGUUUCUGAUGAUCUAUGCAAUGCUUCAAACAGUAUGUUAUUUAAUGAGUAAAUAAAUAAAACUGUUGUGUUGUCCAUAAUGAUAUUAAUUUAUGCUUCAACACAAAUGUUGAAAUUGUUACUAGAAGCAAUGAUAAAAUAUAUAAAGCAAUAUAACAUCAUUUUACACCGCAUUUUGGUCGAAGUGCUCCAUACAGCGGUAAAUGCAGUAUGUUCAAGAUUCAGCAUUUCAUUAUUUUAUCAAUGGAAUCUUCCCAUAUUUUCAGCUUUAAUAGCUAAUACAAUGUUAUAACAACAGAAAGUGAUCAUAUGUUUUAACUACAUGAAUUUUCCUGACAACCUAAUAUAUGGUCUAACCCUUAAAUGAGGGUGAAUAAGCUCGAAGCACACACACGCACACAUGCACGAAGCACACACACGCACACAUGCACGCACGCACACACGUUUAGCUGGGAUAUAAUAUAUAAUUAUGUAUUUCUCCUAUGUCUGUAUCUAUGCAAGGGUGCAAAUGCACCAAAUGUGCCAAAUUUUAUUUUUCUAUAGUAGAAGCUUAUAUCAUAAUUUUUCAUCAAUUCCAUUUAGCUUCCAGAUAUUGAUAGUGUCAUUCUCCAUUCUUUUGUUGUACAUGUACUAUGUAAAUAACAAAUACUUCAUUAAAAUGAAAAAUAA